AUGAAAUCCCUCGAGACCUUCUUCGGAAUCGGUAGCAACAGCUCCGGCCGCCUCAUGUCCCGCUUCAACAUCCACCCGACCUGCCGCGUCGGCGAGCUGGCCAACAAGCAGGUCCUCGACCUCACAGCCGUGCUGUCCGAUAUGAAAAUUGAGAACGAUCUGCGCAGAGAAGUUCUGAACGAUAUCAAGCGCAUGAAAGAGACCGGAACUUACCGCGGCCGACGUCAUGCGCUGGGCUUGCCUAUCAAAACUCCUGUCAAGUUGAACCGCAUGGAGCGCAGACUAUAA